AUGACCAAAUUGCCCAUGUUCAAAUCGAAUAUGAAUAUAGGAAAUAAAGUUUACCUAAAAAACAUUGACCAGAUAGAUGAAAAAUCACAUAUCAAGGUUCGGGUUCUUAAAAUUUGGAACUUUGUGAGAAAUAAUAAAGUUUGUUCAAUUGAAAUGAUCCUGAUGGAUGAUGAGGGUACACAAUACCAUGCUCGUGUCUUCAAUCAAAAUUUCUCCAGAUUUCGUCAUCUUUUAAAGGAAGAUGAAAGUUAUAUAGUUAUAAAACUCAAUAUGGCUGUUGUUACUAAUGGUUUUAGUUAUACAGUUCAUAAACAAACCUUAACUUUGGAUUGGAAAAGCAUCCUAAAAAAGUGUGAUGAUUUCUCGGGUCCGGUCAAUGGAUUUAUGUUUGUUGAUUUUAAUUCUAUCAUAGAACAAACAUGCCCAAGAGACACAUUCUUUGGUAUUGGUGAAGCUAAAAGUCAUUUUAAAGAAAUGAAGUUAUUAUUAGUUGCUUCCAUUGUUAAUAUAAGGCAGAAUCUAUCAUGGUAUUAUGAAGCAUGCAACAUAUGUGGAAAAAAUAUAACCCCUGUUCCCAAAGCCAAUCAUUCGUAUACCGACCCUGAAAAAAUUUCAGAAACUAUUGUUGUCGGGUGUACAAAUGCACAAUGUAAAAAAUCUGAAAUUCAGACAGUUAUAAAGUAUAUAAUUCCAAUCAACGUACAAGAUUGUACUGGAACCAUUGGAUUGACUCUUUUUGAUAGGGAAGCAAAGAGGCUGUUAAAUAUAAGUGCAUACGAGUUAAAAAAGAUACAUGAAGCGGCCGGAGACAGUGGUGGACUAUUUCCAAUGCAACUUAACGUUUUGAAAAACCGCAAGUUUGGUUUUCUUGUAGAUAUUACAGAAUACAAUGUCAACAACUAUAAUAACAUCUACACAGUUCUUAGAGUUACAGAAGAUAUGUCAAUUGUUUCUGAAUUGGAAAGUAAAAUAGAACUUAUGAGUAUUCAAUCUGUCUCCUUAAAUCAAGUUGCUUUGGAAUCAGAUGAUGUUGUACAGCCUGUUCAAAAGAAAAAUCCAGAAGUUGAUAUGAAAUUACGACUUAUCGGGAGAAGGGAGCAAGAUGGAAGAACAUAUAACCUACCGACUACUUCUGAGGUUGCUGCUUUAAUAAUUGGUGACAUUUCGGAUUCAAUCGAAAAGAGGGAUAUCAUCGUUCAAACAAAAAAUGGUUGUCUACAACGUAUCAGUGAAUUGCAUCCUUCGUACCUUCCUCUCCAAUAUCCAUUGCUAUUUCCAUAUGGGGAUGAUGGUUACAGUGUAGACAUUCUUCAUAGAGGUGUGUCAUUUACGACCGACAGCACGCGUGCGAAAUGUACAAUGAGAGAAUAUUUCGCUUAUAGGAUUCAAGACAGAGAUCAUUCGUUCUCUCUCAUACUUAAUUCAAGAAGGUUGUUUCAACAAUUUCUGGUAGAUGCCUAUACUAUGAUGGAAACGGAGAGAAUGUACUACAUACGUAGGCAACAACAUGUUCUUAGAUGUGAUUCUUAUGAAAAUUUACGUAACCAAAAAGCUCAAGAAACGAAUGAUAUCUCGAAUGUCGGCCAACGUGUCAUAUUACCUUCAUCCUUUACUGGUGGUGCACGCUAUAUGCUGCAAAACUAUUUGGAUGCCAUGUCACUAUGUAAAUUGUUUGGAUAUCCUGAUUUCUUCAUAACCUUUACGUGUAAUCCCAAAUGGCCUGAGAUUAAAAGGUUUCUUAAGGAUACUUCACUUCAACCAGAAGACAUGCCUGAUAUACUAUGUAGGUUGUUCAAGAUCAAGCUUGAUGCAUUCAUUAAAGACUUAAGGGAGAAACAAAUUUUCGGCAAAAUGUGUUAUACCAUUGAAUUUCAAAAAAGAGGUUUGCCGCAUAGUCAUAUAUGUCUAUUCAUGCAUUCUGACAACAAGCUACCAACUGUUGAACUUAUGGAUCCGAUAAUUUUAGCAGAGAUACCAGACAAAAUUGAAGAUCCUGAAUUUAAUCAUUCCUCUGUUGAUCAGAAUGGUUUUCCGUUAUAUAGGCGAAGAAACGAUGGUUAUUUUGUAGAAAAAUCAGGUGGAUCUUCUAUAAAGUAUUUGUUUAAAUACAUAAACAAGGGUCCUGAUAGAGCUACAGUUGCUGUUGUACCAACCAAUAAUGAAUGUGAAAAUAAUGUUGCGGUCGAUGAAAUAGCUGUAUAUUACGAUUGUAGAUAUUUAUCAGCAUGUGAAGCAUCAUGGCGAAUUUUUAGAUAUGAUGUUCAUUGCAGAUAUCCUUCUGUUGUCAGAAUACCUUUUCAUCUUCCUAAUCAACAACAUAUUGUAUAUGGCGAAGACGAUGAUAUUGAUGAUGUUCUUGACAAACCUUCUGUUGCGGCUUCAAAGUUCACAGCUUGGAUGGAGUGUAAUGCAAUCGACAGUGAAGCACGAAAACUCACAUAUGUUGAAUUCCCUACAAAGUUUGUUUGGAUAUUAAAUGGACCAACAUCAUUUGAUGAAAUUCGCACGGUAAAUGGUCAAACACAUUCUUCUUUUAGAGAUGCUUGUUAUGCACUCGGGAUAUUAGAUGAUGACAAGGAAUACGUUGAUGCAAUUAAAGAAGCAAGUCAUUCUGGAUCUGUUUUUUAUCUACGCUUUUUAUUUGCUACAUUGUUGAUGUGUAAUAGUAUGUCAAAACCAGAGGUCGUUUGGGAAAAUCCAUGGGAAUAUUUGGCAGAUGGAAUUCUAUAUAGCCAACGACAAAGAUUUAAGUCUGCAGAAUUGUCACUCGGGGUAGAUGAACUUAAGAACUUAACUUUGUUCGAAAUACAACAAAUUUUACUUCGAAACACCUCUACUCUCAAAAACUUCAAAAACAUGCCAUACCCAGAUGUUGAAUCCGUUUCUUCUUCAAACAAUCGACUUAUCACCGAGGAGCUAGAUUACGACAUUCCCGUGAUAAAGAAUGACUAUGAUCGUAUGUUUCUUGCAUUAACAAAUGAGCAACGUAACAUUUUCCUAAACAUCAUGAGUGUUAUUCAAGAAAAUAAAGGAGGUGUCUUCUUUGUUUACGGUUAUGGUGGAACGGGUAAAACUUUUUUAUGGAAAACAAUAUUUGCAGCAAUUAGAUCUGAAGGAAAUAUUGUAUUAAAUGUUGCUUCAAGCGGUAUUGCUUCCUUAUUAUUGCCCGGUGGUAGAACAACACACUCUCGAUUUAUAAUUCCAUUUGAGCUUACAGAGGAUUCUUUUUGUAACAUAAAUCCAAACCGUGAGUUGGCUAACUUAAUAAGAAAAACCUCUUUAAUAAUUUGGGAAGAAGCACCUAUGGUCCAUAACCAUGCAUUUGAAGCUUUAGAUCGAACUUUGAAGGAUUUAUUAAGGUGCGUAAAUUUAACCAUCUCAAAUAUUCCAUUUGGAGGGAAAGUUAUUGUCUUUGGAGGAGAUUUUAGACAAAUUCUACGUGUUGUUCCGGGUGGCAGUAAACAGAACAUUGUAAAUGCUUCUUUGAGUUCUUCAUAUUUAUGGGAAUAUUAUAUAGGAAAAAUAAGAGAUUUUGCAAAUUGGUUGUUGGAUAUAGGAGAAGGAAAACUUGGUGGUCCGAACGACGGUGAAACGAUUAUCGAUAUUCCGGAUGAUAUCCUCAUUAAUGAUUCACAUGAUCCUAUAGAUUCCUUAAUUGAGUUUGUAUAUCCUUCAAUUUUAGAGAACUAUAGCGAUAUAAGUUAUUUCCAAGAAAGAGCGAUACUUGCUCCAAAAAAUGAAGUUGUCCAGGAAAUAAACGACCGUCUGCUUAAGAAGUUUCGAGGAGAUGAAGUUGAAUAUAUAAGUUCAGACAUCAUAUGUGAAUCCGAAUUUCUACAUGAUCAAUUUGAUUCAAAUUUAUACUCUCCUGAUGUAUUAAAUGGUCUCAAAGUAUCCGGUUUACCAAAUCAUAAGUUAGUUUUAAAAAUUGGUGUUCCAGUAAUGUUACUGAGAAAUAUUGAUCAGAAAAACGGCUUAUGUAAUGGCACAAGACUACAGGUGUUAUCAUUGGGCAAACGUGUUAUUGAGGAACGUAUAAUAACUGGAACUAAUCAGACUUUUAUUCCAAGAAUGUCUUUAACUCCAUCAGAAAAAAAGAUUUUCUUCAAAUUCACAAGAAGACAGUUUCCUUUGGCCGUAUGUUUUGCAAUGACUAUUAAUAAGAGUCAAGGACAAUCGUUAUCAAAGGGUACUAAGAAACAACCAGUUUAA